GUUCACCCAUAAUUUCUUCCACUUUCUACUGCUGAGUGCUUUACUAGAUUCAGCACUCUCUCUUCUUUCUUUCCACCAAUCUCGCCUCCAUUCCCCACUUCCCUUCUCUCUCCUUUUACUUUCUUCUUCUUCUUCCCCAUGUCUCAAUUCUGAAUUCUCUCCACUUCCCAAGCACCCAUCACACAAAUAUGACCUUCUUUCUCCUCUCUCUCUUCUUCCUCUUUAUCCCCUCUUCCAUUUCUGCUCCUUAUCCCUUCAGCAUCUCUUACCACAUAGAUUGCGGCGGCCUUAGCAACUCCACCGACCCAUUUGGCACCACGUGGCUCUCCGACCGUUUCUACACCGGCGGCACCGCCGCUAUUGUCUCGGAGCCGCUCAUCUUCCGGCACCCACAAGAGAAGAAUCUCAGAUUCUUCUCUCUUUCCUCCGGCAAGAAGAACUGCUACAUUAUACCUAAUUUACCCAAUGGCCGAUACUACUUCCGCACAUUCACUGUGUACGACAAUUACGAUGGUAAGUCUCACCCUCCAUCCUUCGACGCCUCCAUUGAGGGCACCCUCGUCUUCAGCUGGCGGUCCCCUUGGUCCGAGGACUUCGCUCGCCAUGGCGCUUACUCCGAUCUCUUCGCCUUCGUUCGAGACGGGGAGGCUGAUUUUUGCUUCUACAGCCUCGCCACCGAUUCGCCGGUUAUUGGGUCAUUUCAGCUUGUUCAGGUCGAUCCCAUGUCGUAUAACUCGACCGCCAUUGGAGACAAUUUCAUUCUUGUUAACUACGGGAGGUUUACUUGCGGUUCUGAGCAAUGGGGCCCUGGGUUCAGCAAUGAUACAGACCUUUUCGGCCGCUCGUGGCAGCCUGAUUCGGCAUUCAUAAAGCCCAGUUUGAAACAAUCGGUCAGGGUUUUAUCGACGACAAACUCGGUAAGUGGGGCCGAGCAGCAGCCGAAUUAUUUUCCGGUGAAAUUGUAUCAGAAGGCAGUGACAAUUGGGGGAAAUGGCGUACUUGAGUACGAAUUGCCGGUGGACGCCAAAUUGGACUACUUGGUUUGGUUGCAUUUUGCGGAGAUUGAUUCGAGCGUGAAGAAGGCAGGGCAGAGAAUGUUCGAUGUGUUCAUUAAUGGCAAUAAUGCGACGAGGGUGGAUAUCUUCGCGAAGGUGGGAAGCUUCGCAGCCUAUUCAUGGUCUUAUACAGUGAAGAAUUUGAGUAGCUUGUCAUUGACUGUGAAGCUUGUGGGGGUGGUUGGCUCGCCGCUACUCAGUGGGCUCGAGAAUUACGCGUUAGUUCCUAGAGAUCUUUCCACUGUGCCAGAUCAAGUGUUUGCAAUGAGAGCAUUGAAAGAGUCACUCCGUGUGCCCGGUAGAAUGGGUUGGAAUGGCGAUCCUUGUGCUCCUACAAACUGGGAUGCUUGGGAGGGAAUUACAUGUCGUCCCAACAAGAAUGGAACCGCCCUCGUUAUAUUUCAAAUCGAUCUUGGAAGUCAAGGGCUGAAAGGGUAUAUCAGCGACAAAAUUACUCUUUUGACAAACUUGGUAAGCCUAAAUCUUAGUUCUAACUCGUUGGGGGGCACAAUACCACCUGGGUUAGGUGAAAAUUCUCUCACGCGGCUGGAUUUGUCAAAUAAUCAGUUAACAGGACCCAUACCGGAUAGUUUAGCAUCUCGAAAUCUGCAGCGUGUGCUAUUAAAUGACAACUUAUUGGAAGGACGGGUGCCUGAAGAAAUUUACUCCAUUGGUGUGCAUGGUGGAGCCAUUGAUCUCUCCCGUAACAAGGGUUUGUGUGGUGUGCCCUCCCUACCAACAUGCCCUAUAUUUUGGGAAAAUGGAAGGCUGUCUAAAACUGGUAAAAUUGCAAUAGGUGUAUCAUCCACGUUUGUCUUCUGUGUACUGCUGGCAGUGAUCUACAUAUGCUGCAUCAGGAGACGUAGAAAUGAUUAUGAUUUUGGCUUGCCGUCUGAAUUAAUGUCCCUUGCUGCAAAAAGGAACAGGUAUCAAAGGCAGAAAUCCUUAAUGCUCCUGGAAAUGGAGAGCCAACAUGCCAAGGGACUAUCACCUUUCACUCCUCUCAACUGAGUUUUGCUGCCAAAACAGGAAAUAAUCCCUCGAGAGAGUUUUGAAACCGAAACAGACCUUUAGAGUGCUAACUUAAAUACAACUACCGUACAGGAUGUUCGAACAUAAUAGGAUUAGUUUUGCUGCUUAAGAUGAGACCGAACGAUCUGGCUUUCAUGAGAGCUUCAGUCAAGAAUCUGAACAAGCAAAAUAGAUCACAAAGAGCAAUUACUUCGCGAUCGACAAAGUUUUCUUUGUAGAAUUUGAUAUUAUCUUGUAGAGCAUUUGGUUGGUUAGAUCAUCAUUCUAUUUCUAUGUAAUGGGAUGUCUUCAUGACAUGUGGUUCUGUUCCGAAGUGUAUAUACAGAGUGUUUUUGCUGAAUGGCAAUCAGUUUUAUCACGAACGGUUGUUUCUGUCAUUGAAUUUCCAGGUAGCUGUUUUAGCAUCUUUCAA